UUGGUGGCGACUCCUAUUGGUUCGAACCCUGCCCAUUCACACCUCUCUCUCUCGCUCUCUCUCAAUCUUUCAAAGUCACCGUCUUGAAACCAAAAAAAGAGGAAAAGCCAUCAUCAAAAUCUCCUCUUUUUUUUGACCGAGUCACCGAUACUUUAUAUUUUCUAAUCUGGGUCUCCUGAUUCCCUUUGUUAAACUCAUUCUCUAACCUUCUCCAACAACAAAGAAAACCAAAGAAAUGUACGUUAAAGCUGAGCCAACGACAGAUGUGAAUAGGAACACGGAGUGGUUCACAUAUCCUGGAGUUUGGACCAUUUAUAUGCUCAUCGUUUUCAUGUCAUGGCUCCUUGUUCUUUCCAUCUUUGGUUGUUCUCCUGGGAUGGCUUGGACUAUUGUCCAUUUUUGUCAUUUCGCUGUUACAUAUCACUUUUUUCACUGGAAGAAGGGAACUCCCUUUGCUGAUGACCAGGGUAUCUACAAUGGAUUGACUUGGUGGGAGCAAAUAGAAAAUGGCAAGCAACUCACACGCAACAGGAAGUUUCUGACUGUUGUGCCUGUAGUGCUGUAUUUGAUAGCCUCGCACACAACAGACUAUCAAAAUCCAAUGCUCUUCUUCAAUACAUUGGCUGUAUUUGUGCUGGUUGUUGCUAAGUUCCCAAACAUGCACAAGGUUCGCAUAUUCGGAAUCAAUGCUGAUCAUUGAAAUGCAAAGGAAUUCAUGCUUGGUUUACUCCGGUCAUUAGGAUUUAUUUUUUCACGUUCCAAUGUAAUGGUAAUGCCCCUGUACAGAUACUGAAACUGGAAGGGUUAUUAUUAUUUCUUUCGUUCUUCUUUUUUUUCUUAAAAAAUUAUGGAGUGAAUAUAUAUAUAUAUAUAUAUACACGUCACUAGGUUACAUGCUUGAAGAAAAGUGUAUCAACACAUUUCUUCUUCGUACCAGCAGAUAUAUAUCAUCUUAUUUUUUACUGUU